CCAAACCCUCACUCUUUCUUCUCUUCUCUUCCGUCGUCGGCGUCACAAGCUUUCGCAGCGAAAUCCUGCACCUCCCCGCGCUUCCUCCGGCGGCCCAGAGAGAUAGAGAGAGAAAGCAUGGCGACGGGAUCGACCACCGCCGCGGCGCCGGCGAGGCAGCUGUCGCAGAAGGAGGCCGACAUCCAGAUGAUGUUGGCCGCCGAGGUCCACCUCGGCACCAAGAACUGCGACUUCCAGAUGGAGCGCUACGUCUUCAAGCGCCGCAACGACGGUAUUUAUAUUAUUAACCUCGGAAAAACAUGGGAGAAACUCCAGUUGGCCGCUAGGGUUAUUGUUGCAAUUGAGAACCCUCAGGACAUCAUUGUCCAGUCUGCUAGACCCUAUGGUCAGAGAGCCGUUCUCAAGUUUGCCCAGUACACCAACACUCAUGCCAUUGCUGGAAGGCACACGCCGGGUACAUUCACUAACCAGCUCCAAACAUCUUUCAGUGAGCCGCGUCUUCUCAUCCUCACUGAUCCAAGAACUGACCACCAGCCUAUUAAAGAAUCUGCUCUUGGGAACAUUCCAACAAUCGCUUUCUGUGACACUGACUCUCCAAUGCGGUAUGUUGACAUUGGUAUCCCGGCAAAUAACAAGGGAAAGCACAGCAUUGGGUGUCUCUUCUGGCUGUUGGCAAGGAUGGUUCUGCAAAUGCGUGGUACCAUCACACCUGGCCAUAAGUGGGAUGUGAUGGUCGAUCUGUUCUUCUACAGAGAACCCGAGGAAGCGAAGCAACAGGAGGAGGAAGAAGCUAUUGUUGCAGGCGAUUAUGGGAUCACUGAUUAUGCAGCUGGACAAGCUAUUCCUGACCAAUGGACUUCUCAAAUCCCCGAUUCUCAGUGGGCUAGUGAAGCAGCCGCCCCGCCUGUGCCUGCAAUCCAACCAACUGGCUGGACGGAGACAGCAGCACCUGUGGCAGCUGAUGGGUGGGAAAUUGCGGCUGCGCCAGCCCCAGCGCCAGCAGCAGCCCCUCCGGCAGUUGUUCCUCCGUCCAAUAAUGAUGCUGGUUGGGAGUGAAAAUUUUGGCAGUCCUUUGGGCGACAUCCUUAGUUCUUUGUCUUUAAGGUUCGGGACUUGCUGGAGCAUUAGUUCUAUAGAUGAGAGAGAUUUUGCCAUUAGUUUUUGUUAUCCGAUCAAAAUGAUAUGAUGUAUUUGGUUCAACUGGUUUCUUAUCUAUGACAGUUAUUUUUGCAUUGUUUUGUCU